UGCUGUUAUGUCAAUCAAAUUCAUGUUUUGUGCUAUCAGUUAGGCAAGUCACUUCCCUCUAUUGUAUACACAAUGCUAAACUCCCCCGAAACCACGGUUAUAAUCACUAACUCUGUUAAUUGGAGUAGAUUUUUUAACACAGUUAACCUAUCCUUGCUUAGCAGUGGAAUAAUUUCCUGUUCUUAAAAUAGACUUCCGGAAAAUCCCAGUUUGAGUGGUCAAAGUACAGGUCUUUCCCCCAAUUUUUCUUUUGAAAUUUGAAAUCUUCUAGCUUAUUCCUGGCAGUAUCAAUAUAAAAAAAAAAGUAGUUCAUGUCAGUCAGUAAAAUGAAGACAGAGGAUGAAAAUGAUGUAAAGAAGAAAACAAUUUCAGAGAAGUGUGAUGAAAAUAAAGAAGAACAGGACUCUGUACACACCAUUACUGUCGUUACUGACAGCGAAGAACAAGGACAUUCUAAGGGAUCCACUACUGAUGGAAAGGGAUCCACUACUGAUGGAAAGGGAUCACAGUCAAGGGAUCAAGCUAAGGAAGAUACAAGUAUGCUGCAAGACAAGGGCACAAUCCAAGAAAGAAGCCCAACAAUAAAAACAGUGAAGUCCUUAGAGAAAGAAAGCAAAUGUUCAUUAAAAUGUGAUGAGAAAAUUAAGUCUACCAAAGCUGGGACUAAAACUCCUAUUACACAAGGAAAUAAAAAGAAACUUAUAAACGGAAGUUCUCAAGUUACAGCAGAGAAAAGCGGUAAGUCAGAGAGUGGCCGUACUCGUUCAAACUCAUACAAGGAAAAGACAUGUGAUCAAAAUACUCAGAAAAUGUGUAAACCUUGCUCAGAUUCUGAUAUUGAAUCAAUCCAAAGUCUGAGGAGUAAAAUUGACUCGGCAAAGGCAAGUGGAAAAAGUAUUAAUGCUCUGCUAUACGAGAUGGAUCAAAGCAGUGAACCAAGAGACAAGAAUGAGGAAAACAAAGAUUCUGACAUAGAAUACACACAGGUUUCAUUCAGCUUACAAGGUGACGAACUAAGCCUCAAGCUAAAAGAACUGACAGUUUCUGAUGACAGGGUGAAUAAAAGACUGGUCAGUGAAAAUGACCUUCAAACUAAAAAAGAAGUCAGCUCUGACACUAGUGAAGAUGUUAAAUAUCAGACUAAAGGUCCAAUGUCACACCCAAAACACACCCAGGUCUACCAGCCUUACCCCCGACCCAAUCAGAUCAAUCAACAAAUGCCGCAACUAGUGCCUAAUGAGGGAGACUUCUUUGAGGCGGAAAUUCAACUUGACAAAUUUUAUGAUGAAGAAGAUUUGCUCAAGGCCCUCAAUGAAAUAGCUCCAGAGACGCAUCCACACACAAGCCCAGAACAUUAUUCUGAACGUGUUGAGCUCCUUCCCUGUGAAGAAUCUUUCUCAGAAAGCAUGCCAUUGCCAAACCCUUGUCCCACUGGUGUAAAUAAUCAGUUUUACUUGGAUCCUGUCCAGGGUGUGACUUCACCUCAAUACUCAAUACCCCAAGUACAACCUUCCCGUCUGCCUGUAGAUCUUGGUUAUAUGCCUUGUCCUGACCCCCAACAGAGAUCAACUAGUGCAGACACUAUCAAGCAAACACCAUCAGUGUCAAUUUCAUAUGAACCCCGCCCAAACUCCUAUCCCUCCAUACAUAAGGAAAGCCUAGAGGACCUGUUCAAAGAUGCCAGUGACAUCAUAGUUAAUGAUCUGCGCCAAUCUAAUCAGCAAAAAUCUGCUCAGAAAACUAAUGCAAACCAUCCAGCAAAAUUUUCAAGUGAGAACCCAAUGCAUCAAGUAAGGUUUAAUCAACAAGUACCUGCAAAUCCAUUUUCUAAUCUACCAGUAACAAGAUCUCAACCAUCACCUAACCAAGGAACGGUUAGACAGGGUACACUUGGAAAUCAAAAUCUCACACAAGUAAUAGCAGCUAAACCCCCACAAGUCCUCCCAAAUCCUGCAGAGAAAUCACCACUAACAAGACAGAAUCCUUCUCAAAGACCCAGUAAUGGUAAUCUGCCACAUAUUCUGCAAGAAAUCACUGACAACAAAAUCAAAAUGAAAAUGCCAGGAUCCAGAGCAUCAGUACAAACCUCUGUGAUUGGCAAUAAUAACUAUCCAGCUGUACAAAUUCAAUUCCAACAAUCCAGUCAAAUGGCAACACAGUUUAUCAACCAUCAUCCAACAGGAGUUCAUCCAGCUCAGCCACAAGUUCAUCCAGCUCAGCCACAAGUCUGUGAUUCUCAGAACCCUAUUCUUGUCCCAAGACAAACAUUGACAGCACCCACUGGUGGAGAAUGCAUGAAUGGCAUAAGACCACAUAACAUGAACUCAAAUCACAGAGGAGCAAACCCACAACAAAUGAUUGAGCUUACCAAAUCUAACUCAAAUCCACCUCCUCAAAUGGGGAGACCAAACAAUAACCAAUCCCGUACAGUUCAUGGAAAAAAUUCUUCUACUUCCAAAAACAUGGGUAAUGCUUCUCUUCCACAUGGCCACAUUCCUUAUCCUUCAGCUUUUCCAACCAUGGCAAAUCCCCAAAUGGCAUCCUGUGUCACAUCCCAGCCAAUGUGCAAUGGUCAAGGAAUGAUACAACAACCUGUAACACUGGGACCUAACCCUGCAGCACCUUUCAUACAUUUUCCCAAUGGUCAAAGCAUACAAAGUCAUCCCUAUCCUUUCCAAGAUGGAUUACAUAUGCCUAUGUCUGAAAACUCAAAAAAUUCUGCACAAUAUUCACCUCAAAAUGGACAGUGUAUGCCACAGCCUGUACAAGUGUUUAUCUGCCCUUCUCUCCCAGUUGACAAUUCCAAGCCAAGAUUCAGGAAAAUCCUUCCUAAGCCUCCUGCUUCUGUUGAAGGUGGGAAAUGAUGGAAUAUUUGUUGCUGGAUUUAAUGAAACCAAAUCAAAAGACAUGGAACAUUCCUGUAAUUUUAACUUGCUUGAAUUGUUGUUUAAAUGUUUUUCAGCUCAGUAAUGGCAAAUUUAAAAAAAAAAUGCCUUAAUUAGUUAACAAUGCAAAACUAAAUAUAUGUAAUCUUGUUACAC